GCCCGGGCUUUCCGGCUCGGGCUGGCAAGCGCCGCCGCCCAGUCGCCCUGUGUUGUGCACGCAAUUCCGUGUCAUGGAACCCGCCGAGGCCGUGCAGCGGGCCGGGGAGGUGGCGGAUAAGGUACUCCAGUACCGGCGAGACUCGUCAGGCUGGAAGGUCUGCCGGCAGAGCAACGGAGUGUCCGUUUCCUGGCGGCCUUCUGUGGAGUUCCCAGGGCACCUGUACCGUGGCGAAGGUGUGGUGGACGCUCCGCCUGCCCGGGUGUGGGACUACAUCAAGCCCGAGGCGGGGGGCCGUCGGCAGCAGUGGGACGAGAACGUAACCAACUUUGAGAUCGUCCAGACCAUCAGCGAUACCCUCUGCGUCAGCAGGACCACCACCCCUUCUGCCGCCAUGAAGCUCAUCUCACCCCGGGACUUUGUGGACUUGGUGUUGGUGCGGACGUACGAGGAUGGCACCAUCAGCUCUAACGCUACCAAUGUGGAACAUCCGUCCUGCCCCCCACAGCCGGGCUACGUGCGUGGGUUCAACCAUGCCUGCGGCUGCCUCUGUGAGCCCCUGCCAGGGGACCCUGGCAGGACAAAGUUGGUGACGUUUUUCCAGACUGACCUGAGUGGCCUGCUGCCCCGGAGCGCAGUGGACUCCUUCUUCCCUCGCAGCAUGGCCAGCUUCUAUGCCAACCUGGAACAAGCCCUGCGAGGCUGAUGCUGCACUUCCUCGGGGGCCCUGCACCCUGCCCCCAGCACAUGGCAUGACUCUGCCACCUCGUCCAUCCUGACCCGGUUCUGCUCUGGGAGCAGCUAUGAAUUGGAGGGUGGGUUCUAGAAAGAAGCUCCGCAUUCCUUCCGGAAA